UUUGUUUCGUGUAGUUUUCUGUUUCUGCUUCCAGGCCGGUAGGCGGCGGUAAAGGGCCGCUAAGUUGUCUGACAGCCGCCAUUUAACUGUGAAGGAGGAGGGAGAAGAAGAAAAGUCAAACGAUGGCGAAUAACAAGAAUCCUCUGAGCCACUUAAAGGAUCAACUUGAAGAUAUUCAGAGACGGAUGGAGGAUGAGAUAGAGGCUGGGGUUCCUCCAGGAGGCAGUCUGCUAGCGUCUCCCUUCCUGAAGGGUUUUCUGGCUGGCUUUGUGGUUGCUAAGCUUCGCUCAUCAGCAUUGCUGGGUGUUGCCAUAGGAACAUGUACAGGAAUGUAUGCAGCACAAAAUUAUGAUAUUCCCAACAUUGAAAAAACUAUCAAGGACUACAUGAACUCCCUGAAAGGAGGACGCAAGUGAGAAGGCAGGUGAAAAAUAGGAACAGAAAAGAAGGGAGGAGAGCUGCAAAUGGGAUCAAAUACACUUUUCAACAUUGUAAAACCUACAUCAGCUAAAGGUAAAGGAGGUCAAACAGUUAUUACAUAUGCUAUUUUGCAUUACUUAAUGUUUGGGAAAGAAUUACUAAAGUGAACAAAACAGACAAACUGUUACCAUUAAAAAAAAAUCACAAAACCUCCUCUUUGUGGUCCCAAUGACAUCUUAAGUUAUGUUCAUAUUAUAAUUUCCAUGAUAAUAAGAAAACCCACGGGGGUGCAUUGGUAUAGACCAGCAUGCUGAGUGGAGAGAAACACACCACGCCUCUUGGGUUACGCUGUUGCACUUCCCCAUUCUCAGUUACACUGCAUUUUGUCGCUCAGGGAGUGAUUUGGCAUCUCAGACCUUUCCCACUUCAUAUCUCAUGGUGCUUCACUGUGUAUAACAACAACAGUACAAACGCUGCCUUGUUUUGUUCUUUUUAAUAUCUUGUCUGUAGAGGAUGCAGCGUUUCUGUUAAUGUAAAGUUACACUCACUACACAUUGUUAAUGUAUUUUUCUAUAUAUUCCACUUUGCACUGUUCAAAUAACUGGAAUAUCAUGGGCUUAAUUAUUAUCAUUUGAUGCUAAAUGUGCAAUAGCCUUUUCCUGAUGGGAUUUGGAUGCCAAUUUUUUAUGCUGGACUCUAUUCGAGCUUUUGCACUGUUGAUAAUGAAGUGAUGGAAACAUUACAUUUUGCUAUGUCCAUCAACAUAUGAAAACAGGACACUAGUCUGAAAUUCCAAUGCACACAAGAAAACCUAUUGCAAAGCCAUUCAUUUGUUUGCAUGAACAAAUACCUGAAUAUCUAUUGUACAGUAUGUGGGGGAACUGGAAACCACAAACCAUGUGUGCCUAUUGAUAAUCAUUGGUUGCAUUUUUUUUCUUUGUGUAUUUUUAUGUUGGUUCAAAGAGUUAGUAUAUGAAUAACAGAACAGGAUGAAGAAGCUUAAUUUAAGUCACUGGCUAAACUCUCAGUUUAGGCGUUUGCACUCCUGUACCUCAAUGCAAAAUCACAAAAACUGUAUUUAAUAAUUUUAUUGGGGUUCAAAUAAAUGAGAAAAAUACAA